CGAGCACCUGACACCGCGCUGUACCAAUGCUUAUUCUUCUUGUACUUAUAGAUCGUUCUGGACUUGGAUAUUCAUACAUCGUGUUUAUAUUUGUUCUGCUUUCCUCGAAAAUUAAAAAAAAACCCCCCCAAGUCCUCGUUCCACCUCCACACCAACCAUGCCCACCACCACCCCCUCACACGACUUCCCAAUUCUCAUAAUCGGCGCCGGAACCUGGGGCUGCUCGACAGCUCUACAUCUCGCCAGACGCGGCUAUAAGAACAUAACAGUCCUCGACCCCUACCCAGUCCCCUCCCCCAUCUCCGCCGGAAACGACAUAAACAAAAUCGUCGAACAAGGCUCCCUAUCCACCUCCCCCGACUCAAUCUCCUCAACGCUCCUCCACCACGCCACCCACGGCUGGACCACCGACCCGCUCUUCACACCCUACUACCACGACACGGGCUACAUAAUCUGCGCGCACACGCUCGACGGCCUGGCCCAACUAACGAAACGGGAAUCUCUCGACAACGACCCUGAUUUCGAAUGGCUUUCUUCGCCUGCCGAGUUUAGGGCUACGAUGCCGGAGGGGGUGCUUACUGGUGAGUUUCCGGGGUGGAAGGGGGGGUUUAAGAGGAGGGGUGCGGGGUGGGUGUUUGCGAGGGGGGCGUUGGUUGCUGCGUACAAGGAGAGCGAGAGGCUUGGUGUGAGGUUUGUUACUGGGGAGAACGGGGACGUGGUCAAACUGUUGAUAGAGGAUGGAGAUUGUGUGGGAGCCGUGACGAAAGAUGGGGCUGAGUGGAGGGCUGAGACUGUUAUUCUGGCGGCUGGUGCUAGUGCCCCGCAGUUGCUGGAUAUGAAAGACCAGUUGCGACCUACAGCGUGGACGCUGGCGCAUAUCAAGAUGUCGGCUGAGGAGUGCGAGUUGUACAAGAACUUGCCUGUUCUGUUUAAUAUUGAGAGUGGGUUCUUUAUGGAGCCCGAUGAGGAGAAGCAGGAGUUGAAGAUCUGUGACGAGCAUCCUGGGUAUUGUAACUGGGUUAUCUCGGAGGACGGGAAAAGAGAAAGUGUUCCGUUCGCCAAACAUCAGAUCCCAAAAGAGGCAGAGGACAGAGUAAGAGGGUUCUUGAAGGAUACGAUGCCGCAGCUUGCAGGAAGACCGUUCUCGUUUGCGAGGAUAUGUUGGUGUGCAGAUACGCCUGAUCGGGAGUUCUUGAUUGAUAGGCAUCCGGAACUUCGUUCGCUAGUUUUGGCAGUUGGAGGCUCAGGGCAUGGGUUUAUGCAUAUCACUUCAGUGGGAGCUUUUAUUGCUGACACAGUCGAGGGCAAGUUAGAUCCAAAGCUGAAGAAGGCUUUCAGGUGGAGGCCAGAGACUGCUGUUGAGAGAAACUGGGAGGAUGUACAAGGCAGGAGAGGAGGGCCAAAUACGAUGACGAAUUUUGGCGAGGUGAACAUGUGGACUGAGAUUGCCGAACAAGGCAGCACGACUUCAAAGUUGUGAGUUGAAAACAAUCUGGAUUUAUGAAAACACUAAAUCUAUCUGCUCGGC